UAGAAACUGGCAGACGUUGAUGGCAUGCAUGAGAAUUGAACCUGCACACUUGAACCUUGCCAAUCUGUUACACGAGGUUGAAGCAGAGAUCAGUCGCCUGGAGAACAUCUGUGGAGACAAAUACAAUUCUUCCAUAGUGAGUUACAAAUGUCUGAAAGAAGAUCAAAUAAGUGAUGGAGUCCAGCGUUGUAUUAAGAUUGGGGUGAAGACAUCGAAUCACCUGCUGGCCACCCCAGAGUCAAAGAGAGAUGCUUGUUUGAGGAUGAAGAAGACGUCCGACUGUGUGGAGAAAUACUCCGGGCGGUGCGGCUCCCUGGCGACGGCGUUCGUCGGGGAAUUGGUGGAGAAGUACUUGAGGAGCAACAGAAUGAAAUUAGAGUGUGAUGGCCAUGGCCGGGUGACACCCACCCUGAAGAAACAUUCUGAAAGUACCACAGCGGUGAACUUCUGUACAGAGGCGUACAUUGAGAAGAAAUUCCGCAAAUGUGUGAAACUGCUACACCCAGAUGUGAGUCUGGGUCAAAUUAUCAACAUUACAGGACCAACGUGGACAGAGAGUCAGAUCAACACCAUGUGCAAAAACCUGCCCCUUUACAAGCCGUGUCCUGCCAGAAUAUUUGAAAGCUGUGACAUUCCAAAGAUGCGGAUGCUGGGCAAAGUAACGAACACCAUCUUGGAAUAUAUAUGUCGUGAAGGUUUCAGAAUCUACCUCCGAGUGUUCACCUGCCUCCAGACAGACGACUCCACUCGCUCCAUCAUCCAGCAUUGCAUCAGACACGCCUCCAGCGUCAACACAAAAGAGUUCUACUUUGGAGGAGAAUACAACGAAGAGAAGAUAUGCAAGUACAACAACGACAUGACCUACUACGGCAACCACAUUGCACACAUCUGUGGUAACCAGGCCAAAGAGUUCCUUGUUGAGCUUGUUGGUCGAACAAUAAACCCUUACAGGACAUUAGUCAAAUGCAAUAAUUACAACACAGGUGCUAUAGUUGGAAUAACAGUUGGCUGCCUGGUGUUUGUCACGGUUGGAUUGAGCAUCCGCUAUGCCAGGAGAAAGCAACUCUUUGCACAUUUCCCAAGAGUCGAAUGUCUCAGUAAGUGUAUACAGCCACAGUGAGAGGGACGAGCCUGUAGCCGUCACCAGCCAUGAGAGAAUAGAUACAUGACUGGAAGCGGUGAAGAGAAAAAGUCGGGUGAGCGCAUUCGAUGUAACUAGGUUGCUGAUGAUGCCGAAGGUGCUGCAAAACAAGAACUUGGGUUUUUUUUUUUUUGUUUUCAACAAUACACAGCAGGGAGGAAAGAUUAUCAUCAUCAUCAUUAU